AUGCUAGUUUUGGUUUCUACCACUCGCUGCAAUUCCAGUGGCCACAGCUUUCGAUCUAGACCUCAAUUGUACCUCUUAAGUUCAGCAGCAGUAAUGGAACAGGAUCCGAGGUCAAAGUCCAAGCAUCAAAGGGCUUCUGUUUCUUCGCCUUGUUGGCACCAUAGUAAAUUGGCAAGAGUGUCACUUCUGCAGUCAAGCCUGAACCUUUGGACACCAUCUUAUAGAAGAGUUCCAGGCAUCGCAUUGCUCUUGGGACAUGCUAUCUUCUCCGUGUUCGACGAUCUCAUUUCACCCUUGAGCCAAUCUUCUGGCCCUCAGCUCUAG